AUGUUGACUCCAUCUCAUCUCAAAUCCUUACACCCUCUUCAAAUUUUCUCCCCAAAAUCAUCAUCAUCAUCAACACAUUCCUCAAAUUUAACCUCCAUGAAACUCAAAAGAAUCAUCCACACCCUCUUAGUUUCGCACUUAUGUCGAAUAUUUCGCGCACUCUCAAAACUCAAACAUUACAUCAUCGAAAUUCUCAAAGACACCAACAACAACUCAACCAUCAACUUCACUUACUACUCUUCUCACAAAAAGCGGAACAACAUUCGAAAAAAGAUAAUUUUGGGAUCUUUUAGGCUUCAUUACAACUGGUGCUCAUCAAAAUCCUCGCAUGUUUUGCCUGUUCCGGAGUCUGUUUACCAGACUCCGGACGCGAAUCUAGCGGGGUAUUUAGAGUGGCUUGAAGAGAAAAAGGUUGAAGAGGGUGCAAAAGAGAAAGAGAUUGUGAAUGAGAAAGAGAAAGAGAAUAUUGAUAUGUUGGCUGAAAUGUUUAUUGCUAAUUGUCAUGAGAAGUUUAAGCUGGAAAAACAAGAAUCUGAUAGGAGGUAUCAAGAAAUGCUUGCAAGAAGCAUGUGA